CGCGUUUACAAAUUUCUAUUUCUAUGUUUGACUGUUUCAUUCUAUAUCACCUUAAACCAAUCUCUUUGAUCGUAGAAAUAAAUCUAAUAUCUUUUAAGCAUUUCUAGUAUUAGGUAAUUAAUUAAUACUAAAAAGUUCAAUUUAUCUUAUAGAUCGUAAGGAGGCGAUAUUCAAUUCCUUGAAACAGUAUGGCCACUUGGGAUGGCUCAUGUCACGAACCAGAAGAUUCAAAUUAUUUUUUUUAUUCGGGUCAAAAUAGUGCCAUACAUAAUCUAGAAAGUUGGACUUUUUAUCCCAGUAAUGGGAGCAACGUUUUUUUUCAUAGUACUCAUGCACCAUAUUCGCAAAAUACUUCAAUGAUGUUGGGACAAGGUGAACAACAGCAUAUUGCUGCUUCGUGUCAAACGGAUCCUAACUUUUCAUCAAGUUCAUUAAAUUCAAUGCCUUUAAGAGACGCUUGCCCAGAUUACUUAAAUGCCACAGGCGGCAGCGCACAAGACUGUCAAGAUGUUACUACUCGCAACAAUAGCACCAUUGUCGAACAUUCCAAUUUACAUCCCACUGCAAAUGAAUUUGUACCGCAUGGAAUGAAAAAUUACACAAAUCAAACUAACGCAAGUAUAAAUGUUUCUAAUUCGGAAGAAUCUAAAGUUAAUUUACCGCAAGAAACUUAUUCUACUGAUAAUGCGAACAAAUAUAAAAAUAAGAAAUAUAAUGCGAAGAAAAAUCAUUCUUACAAAUACAAAGAAACGCAGGAUUAUAACUUCUGA